AUGAGCGCCCUCGCCAUGGACGUCCCCCCCCCUAGCCUCCUGGCAGCGGCGGCGCUGCUGGUCGCCUUCGUGGCGGGCCUGGUGAUCAGAUGGCGGCACCGGUCCAAGUACGAUCUGCACCUCAUCCCCGGCCCGCCGGCCUACCCGAUCGUCGGCAACCUGCCGCAGAUGAUCACGUGGGCGAGGCCGCAGCUGCACCUGAAGGUGCUGGCGUGGAUGAAGGAGCACGGGAAGAUUAUGAAGCUCAUUCUUCCGGGCUUGGGUGGGUACAACCUGUACAUUGGAGACCCAGAGUACCUCCAGAACAACGUCUCAGGGCACGGAGCCAACGGACUUCCCAAGUCGAAAUUGUACAACGAUUUCAGAGUGCUGGCUUCCCCAAAUGAUGUAGAUACUCUCUUCACCUGCGUUGAGACGAAUGAGUACUGGAAAGCCAUCAGGAAAGGAAUGGCCAGAGCAUUCAGCACAACGGCUCUCAAAGAUGUGUUCCCCCAAGCAUUGAGGAAAGUGCUCGAGCUCACUGACAUCAUCAAGAAGAAGCCACCCACAGAACCCAUCGAAGUUCAGGGCCUGUUCCUGCGCCUCACGUUCGAUGUUGUUGGGUUGGCCGGUUACAACAUCGACUUCAAAGGACUUCAGAAUGAGCACCACCCUUUUCUGGAGGCGCUUGAGUACUGUGCCGAUGAUGCCCUGGCAACUUGUCUGAACCCACUGCGCAAGUGGGUGAAGUGGGCAUUCCCUUUGGGCAAACUCGCUCAAGACUGCAACAAACGGUACUCCCAAAUCUAUGACUACUACAAGUUGAUCAUGAGAGAGUUGAGAGCAAGGGAGCAGCCGGCUGCGGAUGACAUGUCCAUUUGGGCUUGCCUGAUGCGGAUCAAGGACCCAAGAACAGGCGCUCCUCUGGACGAUGCCACCCUUUCAAUGGAAGUGGGGACGUUCAUCAUUGGAGGAUCUGACACAACCAGCCACCAGCUAACGUGGGUACUGUUUGCAAUCGCCACACAUCCAGAAGUGGAGCAAAGGGUCGUGGACGAGCUUAAGGCCUCAGGGGUGUUUCAGCUUGUCAGGGAUGGGGCUGCCGAUCGGCUCAUCUACUCUGACGUGAUGGGACUCUCGUACUUGGGGAUGGUUGUGAAGGAAGCCACGCGAAUGUUCCCUGUGGGGCCCCUCGGCGGCUCAAGGAGAACAACUGAGGAUGGUGUGCGCGUGUGUGGAUACCGCGUGCCGAAAGGAACCCUGAUCCAUAUCAACUCGCUUGGCUUGAACAAUGUCCCUUGGCUGUGGGACAGUCCCGAAAAGUUUGACCCUGAGAGGUGGGUCAAGCAUGAAACUAGCGUGGAAUCCGAGGACAAGGCGCACCCAGGGCAGAAGAGCCCCCCUCGGAAAUUGUGGAGCUUCAGCGAUGGCCCCAGAGACUGCAUAGGCCAGCGGCUGGCGAUUAUGGAGUUGCACCUUGCUGUGGCAGUCUUGCUUGCGAACUUUGAACUGAGGCUUGCAGAGAGGAUGGGCGGCUGGGAGGGGACUCUCUCUCGCCAGUAUAUUGGGUUGGUUAUGUGCAUUGAUGGAGGCAUGUGGCUGCACUUUGACCCUCGGGUAGACUUGGAGGAAUGA